AUGGAGCAAAACAUUCCUCAUCAAUUGGUAAUUCGGAAUAAAAAUGGAGUUUAUCUUUCCAAUAUGUUGGCUAAGUCAGAUGAGGAAAUGCAAUUGAUUAAUUAGGAUGGAAAUGCCUAAUUGAUCGUUUUAGAAAAUCAUAUAGUCAUGUUCAAUAAGUAAUCCCUCAGGCUCCAUGAUUAUAAAUAAUAAGUGAAGGAACUGGAAUUUACGAACUUGUAGAAUAUCCAUCUUGCAGAUUCUAAAUAACAUCUCACAGUUAUAGAUAAAUUGGAUCAGCAAUCAUUUUAAUUACAAAUCUUGAAGUUUCCUUCAUUAGAAUCCAAGGGCAUCAAUUUUAAUAUUAAAAAUUUCAAGAGAGAGUCGUGGCCUAUCUUGAAGUAUUCAUCUGAUGAUCAAUACUACUUUAUAAUACAAAAUUAAAAAUUGCAUUGUUAUGCUGAUAAUUAAUGUGUCUAUCAAACUGAUAUUGGAAAUUGCGAUUAUUUUAGUGUCUAACCCAAUACACCAAAACCUUUGGUGGUUUGCUAUAGUUUGAUGGAUUUCAAUAUUAAGGACUCCUUUUUAAAGAUAGUUGAUAUGAAUGGCAAAAUCAAAUAUGAAAAGAAAUUACAUUAAACCAGUGAUUUGGAAGUGAUUUGGUCACCAAAUGGAUAAUCCUUAUUGAUAAAUAAAGGAUUUCACGAAGACAAUACAAAUAAAAGUUAUUUUGGACAAAAUUAAGUUCUGUUUUAUGAUUUCCCAAAAAAUGCCCUUAGAGAAUUGCCAACUUACGAAGGCCCCAUUCAUCAUGUUUAAUGGUCACCUUCCUCUAAAGAAUUCAUCUUGCUGUCUGGUUUCAUGCCUUCAGGGGCUGUCAUGUAUGAUAACACUUGUAAACCACUGUUUGAAUUUGGAAAAGAUCAUAAGAAUAAAAUUAUAUGGGGAAAUGGUAGAUUCGUUAUGAUCUGUGGAUUUGGAAAUCUGGAUGGUUCCAUUCACAUUUGGGAUGCUAAAACCCUCAAAUAAGUUAGUACUAACAAAUACAAAUCAGCCAGCUUAUGUCAUUGGUCACCUUGUAGUAGAUAUUAUGUCUGUGCAAAAGUGACUCCUAGAAUGAACGUAGACAAUUAAUAUUCACUCUUUGAUUAUCAUGGUAAAGAGAUAAUCAAUAGGAAGUUCUAAGAAUUAUAUGAUGUUUAAUUUAGGCCUUCAAAUAUUAAAUUCGAAGAGAGAGCUCCCACUCCUCCCAAAUAAGUUCAGCAAGAAGCACCAAAGAAAUAGUUCAUUGCUUUUGCUGACAAUCCCCUUGCUUAGUAAAUGAGGGCUAUGAAGGCUGGAGAAGGGGCAAGAGUAUUGCAAGUUGAUGAAACCUUUGGAAAACAAUCUAACAAUAAUUACCCUCCUGGUUAUGAACCUCCAAAAGAGAAGAAGAAGAGAGUCAGAAAACCAAAAUAAUAAUAAUAAUGA